GGCCGUCGGUCGGGGGAAAAAUUUCUACUGCAUUGAAUGGGUUACGCCCAUUGAUAGCAGCUGAUCUUUGUUGUCCUUGUUUUUCUCUCCUUUUACUUUGGAUUAUGGCAAAAACUUAUUUCUAAUCCGACAGUCCAGACGUUUCCACUGUUCAGAACACAAUCUCAGAUUCUUCGUUUUCAAAAUCAGUUCGAGUUUGCAUUUUAUAUUGCCGUUGGAAGUAGUGACCAUGAGCGAAUACUGGUUGAUUUCCGCCCCUGGGGACAAGACGUGCCAACAGACAUGGGAGGCGAUGAACAAUGUGACGAACAAACAGCACAAUCUUUCCGAAAACUACAAGUUUCACAUUCCGGAUCUGAAGGUUGGUACUCUGGACCAGCUGGUCGGCCUGUCGGAUGACUUGGGCAAACUUGACAAUUACGUUGACCAAGUGACGCAUAAAGUCGCUCAGUAUCUGGGAGAGGUUGUGGAAGAUCAAAAAGAUAAACUGCAUGAAAAUUUAAUGGCGAACAGCAGUAAGUUUUCAACAGACUUUGAGAUUAAACAUUCUUGUACGCCUGGUUUUAUUUGUGUCAUUAAUUUUUUUUUUAUUUUUUUAGUGGAUCUACCAUCUUACAUAACAAAGUUUAGCUGGGAUCUGGCUAAAUAUCCGAUAAAACAGUCCCUAAGAAAUAUCGCCGAUAUAAUAAGCAAACAGGUGAGCCAGAUUGACGCCGAUUUGAAAACAAAAUCGACAGCGUACAAUAAUUUGAAAAGCAAUCUGCAGAACAUGGAAAAGAAACAAAGCGGUAGCCUGUUAACUCGCAACUUGGCAGAUCUGGUGAAGAAAGAACAUUUCAUUCUCGACUCGGAAUACCUGACUACAUUGCUCGUUAUUGUUCCAAAAGCUUUGUUCAAUGAGUGGAGUUCCAAUUAUGAGAAGAUUACGACUAUGAUUGUACCACGUUCGACUGAACUGAUUUUUCAGGAUAACGAAUAUGGUCUUUUCACUGUCACACUUUUUAAAAAGGUUGCUGCUGAAUUUAAACAUCAUGCCGGCAAGAACAAGUUUGUGGUUCGAGAAUUCAUAUAUAAUGAAGAAGAACUUGCAGCUGGAAAAAAUGAGAUCACAAAACUUGUAAUGGAUAAGAAAAAGCAGUUUGGACCGUUGGUUAGAUGGCUAAAAGUCAACUUUAGUGAAUGUUUCUGUGCUUGGAUUCAUGUUAAAGCCCUUAGGGUCUUUGUUGAAUCUGUUCUCAGAUAUGGCCUUCCAGUCAAUUUUCAAGCUAUGCUUAUUCAUCCACAUAAAAAAUCAUUAAAACGUUUGCGAGACGUUUUGAAUCAGCAUUAUGGUCACUUAGACAGCAGUGCACAACAACAAGGCGGGCAGUCAAGUGCAAAUACUGAUAGUGUUGACAUUCCAGGACUUGGCUUUGGACAAGCUGAUUAUUAUCCCUACGUGUACUAUAAGAUCAACAUUGAUAUGUUAGAUACUAAGAAUUUGUAGACCUCUGACAAUUACCAUGAAUUAAAAGUGUUUCUUAUAGGUAAUAUUAUCCAUUGUAGUUUUGUAAUAGUAUUUAAACAUUUGGGGCUGCUGUAAAUUACAGGAAAAAGGUAUUUUUGGAUCAGUACAUUAUCAAACGUAAAACAUCAUUGGAGAAAGGGUUUUUAAUAGAAACAACAUCAAUGUAUCAAUGGUGGUUGGAAAUACUUUUAAAAUGUAUAAUUAAAUAAGGUGAUAAAGCAUAAUAUGAUUUCCAAGGCGGUCAGAAAAUUCAACAUAUGUUCAUCUUGCAAAUUGUCCUUUGAUUCUGUCUAUGAAAAAUUAAAUCUACAACACUCAACACCUUAUAACGGUGGUUAUAAUAUGCUUUGAUAACCAAAUCGAACGUGUAAACGGUCAUAGUUUGCAUUUAAACUGUUGUAAAUAAUUACUAGAUUGUUUUAUUGUAAUUUUUGUAGAUACAGAAUUGGCUUGUCAAAAAAGAAUUGUUAAAUUUUAAAUGGAAUUUUAUGUUUGUUGAGAAUAAUACAAAUACUUUUAAAGUCGUUGAGUUAUUAUUGAAAGAGAAUGAUUCUUAAUAACAUCUCAACAGUUGUAUGGUUGGAAUAUAGAGCUUAUAUUGUUAAAUUGUCUGUUAUGUUAUUUUAAUUGAUUCCAGUUGUGUAUAUAAUGUGCUGUGCAGUUAAAAAUUUAUUUUCAAAACUUGCUGUUAUGAUCUUGGAGAAUAUUAUUUUGCUUAGGCAGUUCGAUGAAUAAAGCAAUACUAUCAUUGUCAACAACCAUUUACGGUAUUUUCAUAAAUGUAUAUUUUAUUUGGUCAAAUUUUCAAAGCUUUCACAACUCGAGGAAUGAAUUUAUGUACAAUAUCAAAUGUUGUUAAUUAAUAGUCACUGUAUUAACAAAUAAUAAAGGUGUUUUUAGGUUACUCUUGAUUUAAAUUUAUUAGAUUAUUUUUUCUUGAUUUCAAGCUCUUGUUACAUUCCCAUCUAAAAUAUUGUUUCUUGUAGCCUUAGUUCAGUAUUUUUAGCAUUACCACUGAAAGUAUUUUAAAUGAAAUUAAAUAAUCAUUGUGAUUUUUAAAUGUGUACAAUUGUAAAUAACAUUCCAAAUGUUGCACAAUGAAUUUUGCGGUAAAAUUCAGUAUUUAUUAAACAACAGAUGCUGUUUAAUGAUCCAACGUUUUUACUUUUUGUUCUAAACUGCAACAUAAUAGUGUUCUGAAAUAAACAUAUUAUCAUCAUGAA